AAUGACUUCUAAUACUUUUGAGAGCGCCCUAGAAGUGCAUGACGAGAACAAGGGACUUUCUGCGAAUUUCGGGUUUCGCAAGCAAGGAAAAACUAGUAAACUAACUUUGGAGAAAGAGUUCGCCGCGCAAUCGCAGCAUUUUUUUGAGUCGAGCUCUGCGCAAUCGGCGGUGAAUACCGGAGUUCCGUCCAGUGGUUUGGACUCAAGUAAACUACCGCUCAUUGAUUCCCAGAAAUACGCUCAAAUAUUGAAGAAUUUGAAGGAUAGUCAUGAAGAUCAUAUACAGCAACUGCGUGAAAAAUAUGAAAAGAGAUACUUCAUAAAAUGGCUGCGGUUGAUGUAUUUCGGUUAUAAUAUUUUAAUGCACGGCUACGGCUCAAAAAUAUCUCUUAUCGAAAGUUUUCGACAACAUUAUCUGAUGAAUUUCAAUCACGUCGUUGUUAAAGGCUACUAUCCAGGCCUGAACCUUAAACAUGUUAUGAAUUCCAUUUCGGAAAACGUUGGCUUCUCAAAUACGUUCACGCCGAAUAACAUGGACAAAUUCUGCGCAGCGUUUUCGGAUCAUUUUGUGAAAAAGGACCUUGAUCUUUUUAUUGUUAUUCCCAGUAUUGAUAUUGCGCUAGUGAAGGUAAAUAAGUUAUCACAGCUAAUCGCUAGUCUGGUCAAGAUGCGACGGGUUCAUUUCCUUGUGAGCAUAGAUCACAUAAAUGCCGAACUACUUUGGGACAACGAGGCUAAAUGCGAAAUGAACUGGUUGAAGUUUGACUGUACUACUUACGAAAAUUACACGAUUGAAACUAGUUUUGAAAACAGUCUGUUGCAUAAUUCAAGUGGAGCUCUCGCGUUGUCGUCGCUGGCGAGUGUAGCUCAAAGUUUGACACCAAAUGCCAAAAAGAUUCUCGAAGUGAUUAUCAAUUUUUAUCUGAAAAGUGCCGAUUCGAAAUGCGACGGAAUGUUGUUCCAGCAGUGUUAUCUACAUUGCCGAGAGAACUUUUUAGUCAACAGUGAUCUGUCUUUGAGGGCCCAGUUGCGGGAAUUUAUUGACCAUGGUUUGGUUACUAUGAAAAAGAACGUUGAAGGCAUAGAGUUGAUCUGUCUGAACUUGACGCGAUCUGUUAUGACUACUUAUCUCGAAAACAACAAAUACUAGAGAUUAAACUACAGUUUGUUUUUGAUACCGGUGACCCAAUUGUUUUUUUUGCGAAUUUACUUGUUAUAUUAUUUUUGUUAAACUUCGAGUAUGUGAGCAGCAACCUGGCAUUAUGAUAAAAUGUGUUCAGUUGUUAAGGUAAAGGAGCUGAGGAUUUUUCGAAAGAGAAAUAGUGUUGAACGAUUUCAAAUGUCGGCUUAAAGCAGACAAAACACGAAAAUAUUACCUUCAAUGUUUCUUUCUUUCUUUAGCCCAUGUUGGGCGGGUGCAGCUCAGCCGUCUCCAGGCUAAGGAACUUCGCUACUUCAACCGGCCUUGAAUACAGGUCUGCGGGAGUAACAGGGGAGGGAUUUCUGGGACAGUUGAAAAUGUGGCAACUAUUGUGGGGUGACAAUAAACAGUAAGGGAAAAGUGGGGAAUUUGGUUGUCUAAGCGGGCGAUGUAGGUGUUUAAAAGUCGACUAUAACCCGACCGAAGUUGGGAGAGCUUACAGCGAGUGGUUCUUAGAAGGGACUGUUCUGAGGGGUCGAUGCUCGAAGGUGGAGUACAAAUUACUUUUGAGGGAGGGGUUUCUGAUGGGAACUUGGUUACCCAACUUUUUAUGGUUUUGUUUUAAAAGGGGCUUGUAGUGGUUCAAAACUUACUCUGAGUCGUUAGGAUUUAGUGACAGGUUUUGGUCUGUUACGAGUCUGUGUCGUCUUUAAAAGCUCUUAAGAUGAGUUGUCGAAUUUGACGAGUUGGUUUGGGGUAAGAGUGAUAGAAAUGAUUUGAAUGAUGCAAACGAUAUGUUGAAAUUAAAAACUGAGAAGUUAAAAGAGAGUGGUGGUUAUUAACGUUCAGGAUCUCGACUUCACAGUGAAGGUGGGCAGUGGAGCUCAUAAGAGUUGAGCCAGUGAUCACCCAGAGGCUUGGUUUUGAGUGACCUGCAGGUGAUUACUGGAAGUUUUGCUGGCGGCGUUUUGCUUAAAUUUUUGCAAGACGAAAGUAAGGUAACUGAUCCUUUAGAGGACGCGAAUGCUAGCUUACGGGAGGUGGAAAAAAAGGUGGCGCAGAUAACCUUUAAGUGAGCGUGAUGCUGCCUCGGGCG